AUGCAAACGAAUCCCAUUAUUGAAAAAAGUAGAGACGAUUAUCUAGAAACAGUUUUAGAACGGGGCAUGCUUGAGAAGAACGAUCGUUCAUGUAUUGAUAUUGUAAAGGGGUGCAGAAAAAUUAUUUUAGACAUUAUGAGCUCUAUAAGAAAAAGUAUAAGAGAUAUAGGAUCUGCUGAUAUGAAAAACAAAAUUAGAGAGUAUAGAGAACGGUACCGAACAAGCACUGAAGAGAGAGAUGGUAUAUAUGCUGAAGAUCAUCCUUACAUUGUAGCUUUGAAAAAAAUCGAUGAUUGUUUCGGGGAACUUAGAGAGAAAUUUUUGACAGUGCAUCACAUUAUCAAUUUUUACGAUUAUAAAAUGGACAGAAUUAUUAGAACCUACGCAUCUCAGUUGUGUUACAGUUACAGAUUUGUGCAUUAUUGGCUUCAUAUCUUAACGAGAUUAUUUACUGAUGUAGUUCAAGUGUGGAAUUUGCCAGAAGAAUUGCCUUGCCAGCUGUUUGAAACUUGUGAAGAAAAGAAAAAUGUGCUAGUAGUGCGAAGAAAGUUAGUACAAAUAAUGAAAAAAUUUAAGGAAUGUGUUGAAGACGGGAGCUACAAGCCUCAUAUGUACAAAGAGAUGGAAACAGUUACUGACGCAUACCAUAUUUAUAUGUACACCAAAAUAUUUUAUGAUCAGUUAUGUGAAGGGUUUAGAAUUUUCUUCAGG